AUGGAAGAACCUAAUCCCAAAUCUGCGGACCUGUUCAUUUCCAUAGCCUUUUACUCAUUUUAUUUUCUAUAUAUGUUUACGUAUGCCUAUGAAGCAAUUUUUAUUUUUUAUACAAAAACGAGCUUUCUAUUGAUAUGUGUUAUAUUUAUUUGUACAUUUGUUUCUGUAAUAUAUGAUUCAUAUGGUUUAGUGAUUUGUUCAUGGUUUUUUGUAAUUAUUGUAGCUUCAAUAGAAAUAACUAAAUUUACAAAUUAUAGAUAUGGAUAUUUUUGGUAUCACGGAUUUUAUAGAUUCUUUUUAAUAACUAGAUUAUUUGUAACAUUACUUUUUAUAAUUUUUUAUACAAUCCAUAUAAUAAAUUUAAAAAACACUAAGUUCGAACAACUAAAUAAUGGGAAUGUAGAAAAUGCGACAACUCCACCUUCAAUAUCAAGAGCAAUAUUACCUGAACAUAACAUACAGGCAUCAACUUUUAAUAAUAGUAAUAAUCCAGAUAUGCCAAGAAAUUAUAUAAAUAGAACUGUUGUAGAUAUUGAAAAAGAUAAUGACAAUUUUAUAGAACAAAAAAAUAAAGAAGACAUCGAAGAUAUUUCUGUCAAAAAAAUAUGUUUCCCUACGAUAAGUAAAGAUGAUAUACAAAGUAUUUCUAUGAGAUCUAAUAUAGGUAGCAUAAAAAAAAUUCAUCCAUAUAGUCAUUACAAAGUUAUGGCAUCAGAAUAUUUAAAUGAUCCAAGAACUGUAAAAUUAAAAAUGAGCACUCCUGACAUGAAUGAUGUUGAGAUAAACAAUGAAGUUAUUUCCAUGAAUAAAAGUGUAAUUGAAAAUAAUAUAGAUUUCGAAACCAACCAUAUUUUAUACAACAAUGAUAUGGGCAAUAUUAAAAAGUGA